AUGUCAGAAGAAGUCGGCGCAGCAGCAACUCUGGUUUUCGUGAGCCAUGAUCCGCAGGGAGGACUUGACGACAACCAGCACGGUAUCCCUCUUGGGUCCGCUCCACAGCAAGACAUGUCGAACGUCGAGCAGCAGCAACAGCAACAGCAAGCCAGUCCACCCGAAGGAGUUUCGCAGGAUCAUUCCAAUCAAGCCAUGGCGUUGGGUUUAAAUGCCGAGAACCACAACCUCCAGGGGCCUGUGUACAACCCGAACGCCCAGGCUGUCACUACAUUUUCUCAGCAUCACGUCCAGCUUGCGCUAGCUUUGGGUUAUGAUGCCAUGGACAUUAAUUAUGUUCAAACUGUCAUUGCAGUUUCUCAGAACAACUCCCAGCCUGCCCAAGCUUUGGGCUCUGAUGUCAUGGACAUCGACACUGCCCAUCCUACCGCUACAAUGGACAGCAGGGGCAGAAAACGGUCGAGAUCUCUGACUCCUGAGGCGGCGGGAUCAAACAAGCAGAAAAAGCGAAGAAGCUACAGCCUGGUUAUCCUGCCAUAUAUGAAGAUGGGGAAGUUCGGAGCCCCGGCCUAUCGACGUCCGGCGUCACCUCUGCCGCCUAGAGACUCCGUCAAUUCAUCUGCCAUUACGUCUCGCUCUGCGUCAGGCAAGUCUUCGCCGCGUCCGGGCUCUCGCCAGAGAAGAGAUGACCGAUCAAGACCUCAAUCACCGGCACCGGUAGCGGCACCGGCACCGGCGUCGGUACAGGCACAGACGCAGACACAGACACAGGCACAGGCACAAACACAAGCACAGACACAAACAGAGGCACCUACACCCGCACCCCGAUCCCCUCCACAACCGGCUGCGCCCACUCCAAUUCCUGUGCGUGAGACGCCCAAGCAGGAGCAACGGCCACCGGCACCAGAGCCAGCUCCCACUCCCACUCCCGUCAAAUCGCCCCCUAGAGGCCCGGCAGCUUUGAGGGCACCACCCACCGGUCCUGCAGCAACCAGGAACCUGGCACCGCCUGCAGCGCCAUCAGCAAGCCCCGCCACUCGUCAUCCUCCUCAGACUCCCAGCGGUCCGUCCCGACCCGACACGUCUAGUCCGCCCGUACCACCCUCGGGACCCCGUGGCUACGUGCCUCCUUCCCGAGGAGGCGGCUUCGCGCCCCGCGGAGGACGUGGCGGAAACAGCUGGUCAGGCAUCUCCCGUCACAAUUCCGUCACCAGCAACACCAAUGGCCCCGCUUCAUCGGUUUCGCCCUCCUCCGGUGGCCCGCCCACCGGCCCCAGCAACGCCAACAACAUCCCCACGGGCCCUCGCGCGUCCACAGCCGCCAAUGCUGCAUCAUCCGUCUCCGCCUCCGCAGGCUCAGGAGUCGUCACCUCCACCUCCUCCCCUUCUCCCUCCCUCAGCAGCUCCGCAAAGCCGUUCAACCCACCCACCGGCCCCGCGGCUCACGCCCACUCCCAUGGCCACCACGGUCCGCGCGGCCAUCAGCAGCAGUCCCUCACCCUUGCGCAAUCCCUCAUGGCCAGCAUGCCCCCCAUCAUUCCCGGCGUCGGCAAGUUGGACCCGUCGAUUGGCUCUGCCAUGUUGACGGGCGUCACCAAGGAUCUGGACCCGCACCAUCGCAAGCUGAUGGAGGACGAGGAGCGUAUUCGGGAGGAGUUGAAUGCCAAGAAGGAGAAGCUGAGGAGGAGCUUGAGGAUGUGGAGCAAGAUGGAGAGGGAGAGCAAGGCGUUUGAGUUGAAGAGUGAUUUGAGUGAGCGGAGCUUGAAGAAUCUGGCGGGGGAGGGGUUGGGGGGUGCUGCUUUUUAGUUGAGAACGAACGAGUGGCACAUCCGUUGGUGAUAAUGGAAGGGUUACCGGAUGGGGUUUGUCUGUCUGUCUGUCGUGCUCUGCUGAUUCUGAUAUGAUAUGGUAUGGUAUGGUAUGGUAUGCGAGCAUACGAAUAGACGGUUUGUUUGGUUUGGUGAUGGUGAUGCUAGACUACAGUAAGUAGUACGGCAAAUGCAUGGAUGGGUUUCAAUAAUGCAUAAAAUAGAUCACGUAGCUGGAAAAUCAAUAAAACACUGACGAU